AUGAACGAUAUAGAUAUCAAAAUAGUGGAUUCACCGAAGGACCGGUUACUGGUUGCUGCAGAGUCGCCUUUGCCGGAAAAUUCGGGUGAAAAUGAGGUCGACCCCUUGUGCAUUGACGAGGAUAUGAACUCCGCUAAAGACUUGCUGCCCGUAGAUAAAACUGGCAUAGAAGAAGAUGUGGGCAACUGUGAUGAUAACACCAAAGAAGAAGUAGAAAAUGAACCUAAGGAAGCUUCUCCUGAAUUAAAGGAAAACUCAAAUAUAAUAGCCGAGCAAAAUUGCAUCAACAAUAUUGAAGAGGAAACUGCCAAAACAUCUGAUUUGAUUGAAGGGCAUAAUGAUACAAAUGAUGGAGUUGUAACCAAAGAGGAAAGUAGAGACCUACCCCUAGAAGUGAAGAGUAAAGAAAAAUCUGAAAAAGAGGUUGAAGGCGAUGUUGAAAUGUCCGAAGCCCCAGUAGAUAAAACAGAGAAAGAGACUAAACCUAGUCUUUCUGUUAAUGGGGAUGUUAUUAAGGAGGAACCUGUGAAACGGAGAGCUAGUGAAGAUAUUGAUACUGAAUCUCCAUUGAAGAAGCUGUGUCAAGAAGUUGAAAAGACAUUUCCACAGCAUGAUAUCAUGAUAACUGACUACAUUCAAACAGCCACCAAAAAUAAUGUUGAUGAAAUUCAAAGGCACACAGAACAACUUCUGUCGGAAAUACAAACACUAAGAGAACUUGCACAAAAGAAAGAACACGAAUGGAACAAUAUACUUCACCUAAAAAAAGUCAAAGAAGAAAUUCUGCUCAGGCUACUGAGACGAAAACAAGUUCUAUCAUUUGAGAAAUCACCAGACGUGAAUGGCGCGGAACGUUGCGAUCCAUUUGACUAUUUGAAUCAAGCCAAGAAUUUAGCAAUCGAUAAGAGUGAUGAAAUUUCUGGUCUGUCAUUGAAACCGCCUGGAUCUGCGAAUCCAAUGAUUCAACCACCAGUAAUGCCAGUCACGACGCACUUCAAUUUAAUGUCAGGGUUGCCACCGCCAUAUGAUAAGACGGCCCACAUGCCAAUGUCGAAACCAAUGUUUCCACAAGGGUUGAUGAUGCCCGGUCCGAUGCCAGGGUUCCCGAGAGAUAUGAAUGGACAAUUACCCUCUAGUUACGGAAUGCCUAUGGGUCGUCAAGGUCCAAUAAAGGAUGUUAAGUCCAUAAUAGCGGAUUAUAGACAACGCAAUCCUGAAAUGGCGCCGCGGAGAGGUAGGCGGAUGAAGUCGAUUGUUAAUCCGAAUAUUAUGAACCCUAGGCCCAUAGCACCCAAGAUGGAUAAUGUUAACAGCUUGGGAAACUUAAAUAUGCUAUUCAAUAAUUUGGAUAUGAAUCAAAAAGCAAUGCUAGAACGUCUCCAACAAAUGCAAGCAGGGGGAUUGCCCAAUGGUUUAUCGUUCAAGGAUGUGUUAGUGCAGUUUGCGAACAUGCAACAACCUGGUAUGAUGAACAGGCCAAUGGAUAUGCCGAGGCCAGAACACAUUCGACCAGAUAGAAGAAGACAGGAGAGGAAUGAGGAAAUGCAUAAACAGGCAGAAAGGCUGGCGUCACCAAGUCCAAGACUGCCCCCUCCGCCACCUUACCCUGAAAUAUCUCUUCUCCCAGUCAACUCCAGUCAGGAAAACACGCAGCAAAACUCAUUGCUGCACGGCAUCCUUACAAAGCAGGCGUCACCUGCGACUCAGAGUUACUCGCCGACGUUGGCUAAACUGCUUACGUCACCCGAAGGGAAACAGGCGCCGUUGACAACUUUCGGUCAGGCCAAGAAUUGUGGCGAGAUCACAAUUACUCCGGUGCAGCCGACACCACCACCGCAAGAAACGCAGACGCAAGAGAAACAAGAUGUUGGACAAUUGGACGACGAAGAAAGCCCUGCUUCCGAGGGUGAGGCACCGGGUAGCGGGGGCUCUGGGGGUUCCGCAGGGUGUGCUGGCUCCCCGGGGGGCUCCGGCAGACUCGUCAUCGACGAAGCCGCGGAGGAGACGCCCCUCUGUCAGGGCUGUCGUGCAAGAGACGCCCAGUUCGUCUGCGCGGGAUGUGCCAAUCAGUGGUAUUGCAGCCGAGAGUGUCAGGUGGCUGCGUGGGAUGAGCACUCAGAAAUGUGUUCAGGCUGA